ACGUGCCGUCGCCCGCGGAGGGCGCGGAGGCGGCGGACGCCUUCGAGCUGCCGCCCCCCGCGAAGUUGGUGUCGGCGUCGCCCGUGGAGGCCUCCGCGCCUGGGCUGUCAUCGCCGACAGACAUGCCGGUGCCCACGGCGGUCCCGUCGCCGACCCCGAUGGCCGCGGAGGAGGGGCGGCGUGCCCGUGCCGCCCACAGUGCUGGCGACGCCGGUGCGCCCGAGGAUCGACGAGCGAGGGACGGCGUGAGCCCGCAGGCAACGGAUGUGCCCACCAUCAGCCCUGCCAUCACAGGCUCCCUGUCCCCGCACGCCGCCACCCCGUCCUCCGCGCCGACCGUGGUGCCGGGCCCGAGGACGGAGAGCCCGCCCGCGCGCCGAGGCACCGAUGCGCCGACCCUGAGCGAGAUGCCGACGCGGAGACCGCCGGAUCCGAGCUCACCCGCAGCGUGCCCACGCGCAGUGACAUGCGCACGCGGAGAUCGGGGGCGCCUCCAAGCGCACCCGCGUCUCCGAGCCCACGGCGCCCACCGACACGCCAGCGUCCAGCGUGCCCACCGUGGCGCCGCUCUCGCACAGG